GCAGCCUCCCUCGGGAAAGUUUCAACCACUUCUUUAAUGAAACUCGGAGCCUUUGACCCACAGACCUGGGAACACGCAGCCUCACCUCUCAUGCUGGGAUUUCCUCCUCACCGCGUCGGGCUGGAAGCUACUGUCUAACGAAGCGAUCUGGGAUCUGCUGCAGGAUCCGGCAGCCAGAGGAGGGGAAGAAGAAGAAGUCAGGGUGUGUCUUGUGCGGAGAUAAAAACAAACGCAUAUCUUUUAUGGUGGUGUGAGGCUGAUUGAGUUGUUUGUUCGGAGAGAGGACACACAGAGAAAGUUGGCAGCACCAUGCAGGGGAAUGGAGGAGUGUACGCAGUGAAGAGGAGGAGGAAGCCCGUCCAGAAAAAUGUGAAAACUCCACCGGUGAAGACCAAUCCGUCCAAACGCCACAGGGACCGUCUGAAUAUCGAGCUGGACCGACUGACCGGCCUGCUGCCUUUCACCGAGGAGGUCAGAGGUCGCCUGGACAAACUGUCGGUGCUCCGGCUCAGUGUGGGAUACCUCAAGGUUCAGAGAUACUUUCACGCGGUGCUCCUGAAAAAUGCGAGGUCAGCUCCUCUCGUGUCUACAAACGGCAGAAAUGGCCAGCGUGUGUCCCUGGACGGAGUCAGUUUCUCAGAAGGAGAACUCCUGCUUCAGGCUCUGAACGGUUUCGUGCUGGUUGUGACAUCUGACGGCACGAUCUUCUACUCGUCCCCGACCAUCCGGGACUUCUUGGGCUUCCAUCAGUCGGACGUCUUCCAUCAGAGUGUGUAUGACCUCGUUCACGUGGAUGACAGGGAGAUGUUCAAGUGUCAGCUCCACUUCGCCCUCAACCCCAGCAAAGCCGACGCAGACAUGAGAGCAGACGGUGGACAGUCCAGCUCUCAGAACUUCUUGCCUCAGUACCUCCCUCCGGAGAACUCCUCUUUCCUGGAGAGAAGCUUCUGCUGCCGCAUUCGCUGCCUCCUGGACAACACCUCUGGAUUCCUGGCUCUAAACUUCAGUGGGCGUCUCAAGUACCUGCACUUACAAGGAAAUGUCGGGGCUGAUGGGACUGUGGCUCAUCCUCAGCUCGCUCUGUUCGCCAUCGCCACACCUCUGCAGUCUCCUUCAGUCAUGGAGAUCCGCACCAAGACCUUCAUCUUCCAGACCAAACACAGAAUGGACUUUGCUCCUGUGGGCAUAGACACAAGGGGGAAGCUGGUGUUGGGUUAUACGGAGGUGGAGUUGGUCACACCACGCUCUGGGUAUCAGUUCAUCCACGCUGCUGACAUGAUGUACUGUGCUGACAACCACCUCAGGAUGAUUAAAACUGGAGACAGUGGCUUCACGAUCUUCAGGCUGCUGACUAAAACAGGACAGUGGCUGUGGGUCCAGGCCCAGGCUCGGAUAGUCUUCAAGAAAGGGAGACCAGACUUCAUCAUCGCUCGGCAGAAGGCCCUCACAAAUGAAGAAGGAGAGGAACAGUUGCUCCAGAGGAGACAGCAGCUCCCGUUCAACCUUGCCACCGGGGAAGGUGUCCUGUACGACGUUUCUCUGGACCUCCUCUCCAUCCCUGGUUCUCCUGGCACCAGCGCACCGGGAACCUCCGAGCCCACAACGGAGAAACCUCUGGACCCCGCCUCGCUCCUGGGAUCCCUUCACCGGCAGGACCGCUCUGUUUACACCCAGCCAGAGAAGCCCAGUCCCCAGCUCCCAUUCUUCUCCCAAACAGAGGACACUGAUUGUGAACAACCCCAACCGUCCUUGGAGCAUGCCUUUCUGGACAGCCACGCUCUGCUCAGUGUGCCGGGACAGACCCAGACUUUGCAGAAGAUGUCCAGCACAUCAGAUGCCAUGAUUGAAUCUUUGGAGCAGAUUUGGGGAGAUAUCAAGGAUGGAGGGAUAGAGGGCCUUGAGGUGGAGGAGACUGAGCUGAGGGAGUGGGAAAACACCCUCAUCAGGAUGAAUAAAGAAAGGGAAGAUGCAUCGAAUGAGCUGAAUCACAUCCUGGCUAAUGAUGUGUUCUCAUAUGUGGAGGAGGCUCUGAGGAGAGAGACUGGUGGACUUGUUGUCCAGACUUCAGAUCCGACUGAGUGUCAUGUUUCUGGCAUGAUCAGCAGUUUAUCCAUUCAAGGUGACCACCUUGGGUUGUCAAAUAAUGAGCCACAGUGGCAGCCAGUGACGGACGUGAAAUCUAAUCAGAGUGGGUUUGGAGAAGAUGCUCUGUUGGGAAAUAUUCUUGGUGGUGUUGGUGGUUCGAACGGACUGAAAAAUGCUUCACAGGCUGUUUUUCAGGGGACGACAAGCACGCUGUGUCAAAACACUCAGCACGGACAAUCCUCUUCUCCGUGGCCUCCGAUCAGCAGCAAUCACCACUGUGGCAAUGAGAUGAUGUCAACACAGACACAUCUGUCGUGGCUUCCAUCCACACAAAACACCAUCAAUAUUCACAGCAGACUUCAAUCUGGCUCGGAGGUGAUGGACCAAAGUGAGGACUAUUCUCUAAACCACUGUGGUUCACAUCAGACCUCCGUGGGGCUACAGCCUCAGGGCCCCUCAGAGUGGCAACAACAACAGCAGCUGUCGCAAAGUUUUCCCCAUCACACACUUUCACAUUCUUCACACACGCCAGGCAGCGUGAACUCAACAGCUCACCCACGAACACAGCGAUUAUCUGGCAGCUGCAUGUAUGAAAAAAGAGAAGGUCACAUACCGAACGCUGCGACUGUUCUCAGCAGACAGAACCGGCCUCUCCUGGGACCCACGUGCUACAGAGGAGCCUCACAUGCUGCAGGGACCACCUCAAAUGCUGGGACCUUCGCCCUGUCCCACCUAGGCAUCGACCAGGGGAUGAUGAUGUCCAGUCCCAGCACUCACGUGGCUGCCUGCGCAGAUGUGGGCAACAUCAGCACGGGUCAUCUGAGUGGGCGAGACGCGCACGAAGGGACGCAUCGACCAGAGUAUCGCGCUGAAAACAGAUCAUUGCAGUCGGCAUUCUUCUGUUGGAACAGUGAAGCUCAGAUUCCCAAUGGUUCCCUGAACAGCGUUGUCAACCCAUUUGCUUUCCCCGUCAUUCCUGACGGGAGCAUCAACAUUUCCCAAAACACCGGGCUGUAGAGACGUUCACACUGAUAGAUGAGAAUCCGACAGUGACUCAGAGACAACUCCUGAGAUCAUUCCUUCACUGAGAGGAAGAGGUGAUGUGUCUGCUGUGGCUCAGCAAGAAAUAUGGACCUUCUCAUUUCAAUCUAAGAAACCUCUGCUGCACUACAGUUCUUAUCAUGCAUCGAAUAUUGACCUGACAAGCUCAUCCAUUAAUUCGCUGUUUUACAUAAAUUCAGUAUGUAGCCAAGCUUCCUGUCAGCAGAGAGCAUGAACCAAUGGGAUUUUUUUACAAGUUAGUCUAGCAGAAGCAGAUCUGUCAUCAAAGUGCUGCUCUUUGUAUUUCUUUAAAACAAUCACAAUCGUCUGUGGCGACAUUAAACCCAGGACACAGCCAAGGUGCCCCAGGGUCAGGGUGCAGGAGUGGUUUCGUUACGGGCUGAGAGGGCAGGAAAACACGACCUGUUCAAGAAAUGAAUUGUGCUCAAUUCACAAAUCAACAGUUGGUAUAAGGAACUGACAGGGUUCUAACAGAGUCAGACAAAGAUGACCAUGUAAAGAAAAAAUACAGCUCCCUUACUACAGAGGUGACAGUACUCAUAGUAAACUUUACAUUUAGGAAUUAAUCCUUUUUACACAUUUAUUGAGUUAGUCACAAAGUGAGGCCCUGUAGCCCCAGAGUGGUUGUUAAAUUUAGCCGUUCAGCCACCAUAACAGAAUGAAUAUGAGAUAAAGAAUUAUAUAAGCUAUGGUCCUUAUCAAAACAAAGCACCUGAAGUCCUUCUUGCACUUUGGCUCUCUAUAAAACAUAGGAUUUUAAAUUCUAGUUCUUUGCUGCACUUCGUCUCCUGCACUUUGGCUCAUUGAACACACGCAGUGCCUAGUAUUUACUUCCAGCUCUACAUUGUGCUCAAGCUUUAGUGUUGUCCACAAGUUAUUAGUGGCUUUGGCCAAAUUAGUCAAAUCCAACGUAAAUGAAACCAUUAAUCCCCAUAUGUGGCUUUAAAAGCAAAGAAAAUGUUUUUUGUAUUUAUGUUCUGUGUUGUUUUUUCCCUCCAAAGAGAUUAUUUGGAUUUUACUCAGCUGUGAAAUGAAAGAGUGCAAUGUAGAAAAACGAAUUUACCCAAAGCUGACGCAGCUUUGUUGGGAACAAUUGUAACCGCCUGAGAGUUACACUUUUAUUUGGACUUGUCAAUUAUCUGGCAAUUUCAAAAGAGUGACAAAGUAUGUAAGACACAAAACACACACAAUGCUGUGGGAAAAUACUGUAAAAGUCAUUUCACAAGAUCAUUUCAUCGUUAAGAUUCUAUUUAGAACACCCACUGAGCAUUUAUUAUAUGUAUGUAAACAUGCAAUAACAGGUUUAUGACACUAUAACGUAGUUGUAAGCAGGUGUAAGGACAUUUAGAAGUGUUUAUGAACUAAGGCAUUUGUCAGCAACAAUAUAUCGUCCAAUGUUUAAACACCUGUAGAUAUAUAUUAUAAUAUUAAACAGAUAGAACAGCUGUAAUCAUAUUAAAUGAUAUAUAUGACUCCACAGAUGAGCUAAUCUUUACAGUGUUUUAUAGGUCGACUUAUUCUGGAUUUUUGAGAUCACUCCUGAAAUCAAUAUUAGAGGUUUCUUAUUAUAUCAUAUAUAUAUUAUAUAAAUAAAAUAUGGGGGAGGUUAAAAUAAAGCGUUAUCUUAAUGAAACACUUUAUUUAACCCCCAGUGUAGUCUUUAUAAGCAGCAUGUACACACCAGAUUAUACACUAUACACUCAUAAAUACACUCAAACAUUUUUGAUUUUGAUUAAUUAUUGAUGAAAUUAUAAUUAUAUUAUUUCAAAUGUAAAAACAAAUUGCAAAAACAGAACUCAAAGUCCACUUGAGCUUUCAGUCAGAUCUCGAGGCUUUCAACAGGAGACUGAGUUUGCUCUGUUGUCACAUAAAAGUAUUUUUAAAUAAAUAAAAAAACAGUGAAUAAAUCUUAUUUCAUAUUCAUAGAGAAUAUGAGGACAUAUUUAAUGAUUACCACCGUGUUAUACUAUAUUUUAACAGAAACUUUUGAAUGCGACAGUUACAGAUGUGUCACAUGAAUAAACACUACAAUAAACAUCUGCAUUAUAAUGUUUUAUAAAACAUGAAUUCAUUUUUACUACACUAUUUGCAAAUACUAAAAGAACAAAGUCAUUGUCCCAGAGAGCCUGUUAGACUUUAUACUACAUGUUGGGUUCAUGGCACUUAUGUUUUUUAAUCUGACAUUUUCAUCUUGGAGACAUGGGAGCGAUGGCAGCUGGAGUGCUCACUGUUAACACAUUGAAAUAAGGCAGCGUGACUCUGAACUGUAAAGAGCUAUUGUAUAUUUUCCCCUGAAAAAUCCUGUAUCAACAAAGAAUUGUGAGUUUGUUUUGUCAAGUCAUGUUGAUAGAGUAAAUAUGCACAUGAAUACAUUUUGUGUUACUUGUAGGAGAUUAUUAUUGCCAUAUUAUUCUGUAUCUGGAUAAUUAACCGUAAUGUUACACUCUGUAUUCUUUGUGUACAAAAUAUAACCGCUGGGGACAAAUGUAAUUUAUUUUUGCCAUUAAAGAAUU